AUGACUAGCUUGGUUCGAACGCUGCUCCUGUUGCGAAGCGAGAAUGGCGACAAACCGUACCUCACCUCUCGUUCUCAGGAAGCUCAGCCGCCGACAUUCGCUGACGAGCCUCUGAUGGGGAGCCUUCGGGCGGGCUUCAUUGCAAUAGGAGCAGUCGCUCUCUGCUCGUGGAUCGUUACAUUCUCGCUCAUUUCGUUCCUCACGUACCGAUUCAUUUUCUGGCAGCGUUACCACAAGCGUCCUCUUGCGCACAAUCAAUACGUCUUGCUCAUCUAUAAUCUCCUUCUCGUUGACAUCCAACAAGCGACGGCCUUCUUGCUCUGCCUGCACUGGUUCGCCCGUGGCGGUGUAAAUUAUCCAAGUGCGGCUUGCGUUCUGCAAGGGUGGUGGAUUCAGACCGCAGAUCCAGGAAGUGGUCUAUUCGUGUUGGCCAUUGCGAUACAUACCGGUGCAGUUGUGCUACGUGGGCGACAAUUACCAUAUACGACGUUUGUCUGGUGUGUCGUUGGGCUCUGGGCCUUUAUCAUUCUGCUCGGAUUGAUUGCCGUCGGAUUGUACGGCUCAAGGACCUCUGUGAUUUCGGAAGCCGGCUGGGGACACUAUGUAUGGAUUUUCCUUUCCGAAUUUGGCACCAUCCUUCUGUACGGCAUCAUGUUUUUCUACCUCCGGCGUCAGAUGAAACAAGCGGCGGCCCUUCGACAGAACCACCAGGAAAGCCUCAACCGCUUGAACCGAGUCGUGGUGUACAUGGUUAUCUAUCCUCUGGUAUACGUUCUUCUCUCCCUGCCUCUGGCUGAAGGGCGAAUGUCGACGGCCCGACAUGUCGUUCCCAGCAAGGAAUACUUUGCCGCCGCCGGUGCCCUCAUGGCUCUAUCCGGACUUGUGGAUGUCGUCGUGUACACCUUGACCCGGCGGCAUCUGCUCCUGGACACCGAGGUCAGCACGUCGGAUCGCUACUACGCGCACACGGGCUCGAACCUGUACAACACGCACGUCAGCACCACCGUGGCGGGCCCCGAGAGCAAGAAGUCUCGGGUCAAGUCUCGCCUCCGCCGCGGGAUGCAGAGCAUCAACGAUACGGUGCUCGAUGACCGCGGCGACUCGACAGAAGACAUUGUGCCGAAAGGCCCGAAAGGCGCCGCCAUGGAGCUGGGCCAUAUGGCCCACGGCGUGUACCAAGAAACGACUAUCGAGAUCACGCACGAAGCCGCAGAGCCGGAGCAGGCAUUACGCAAGCCCAAUCGACUUAGUCGAUAA